GAAGAGUCUUUCGGAGGCAUCGGCAAGUUCAGUUGCAGCGGUGCGGAGCUCAGCUAGAAGGAUUUUCAAGUCCUCACCGCAGAGCGAUGGCGGCCAUUUACUCGGGAAUUUCCCUGAAGCUGAAAAGCAGCAAGACGGCCUGGACAGACAAACUCAAACUGGCCCACUUCGCCUGGGUCUCCCACCAGUGCUUCCUCCCGAAUAAAGAGCAGGUGUUACUCGAUUGGGCAAGACAUACCCUGGUCUCCUAUUACAAGAAGAAGCUGGAACUGCAGGAGGACAUAGUGGAAAGGCUCUGGCUGUACCUGGACAGCAUUCUGCGAAGCAGAAAGCUACAGAACAUCGUCAAAGAAGGGAAGACGAUCCAGCUCCAUUUCUCACUGGCCAAGGUCCUCAACGAGAGGAUCGCCGAGUUCCAGACGGGCGAGACUCGGAGCGAGGCCGGGCCCGUGCUGAGCUGCUGCAGGAGCCUCCUGUCCGUCCCCGCGCUGGCCGCCGUCUACACGGCCAAGCACGAGCUCCUGGUGGAGCUGCUGAGCCAGCUGUGCCGGCUGGCGUGUGGGCCGCCCGCUCCGGCCGGCCCCUCGCCCGCCCUGCUCCUGGACGUUCUCCACCUGGCCCUCGGCCUCUACCUCCUGGUCCAGAGGCAGCAGGCCAACCCCAACCGGGUCUUUGCCGAAGUCGUCGGCCACCUCCUCCAGCCGGGCCUGGUGUUGCGGCACGUGCUGGGGGCGGGGACGGGGGACGCGGCGGGUGGGGGGAGCUGCCCCGCGGGGCGCCCGCCCCUGGCCCGCGAGAUCCGGGGUCAGAUCGAGGCCGUGCUCCGGUGGGGGCUCUUUCCGGCCGAGCUGCUGCCGUCCUACAAGGAGGAGCUGGGCUCUCCGGAGCCGGCGGGAGACCGGAGGAAGGGGGUCCUGAAGACCCUCCUGGCUCCGGCGGACGCCGUGCUGGCCAAGCUGGCCGACGCCGGUCCCCACGAGCCGGCCAUCCGCGCGGCCGUGGCGGCUCACUCGGUGCCGCUGCUCUUCAAGCUGUUCCUGGAAGCCUACUGCCGGGACGGGUAUCAGCUGGUCUGCUUCCAGGCGGGCGCCAAGCUGCUGGGCUGCCUGCGGCUGGCCGGCCUGUGGGACGGCCCCCGCCCCGAGCCCCCCGAGCCGCCCGACUGGAGCUCCGAGCUGCUUGCCCUGGAGCAGGUCCUGACGGCGCUGCUCGGCCACCAGGUCUACAACGUGGCCGCCGACCGCAUCCGCCACCGGGACCUCCAGUUCCACUUCUACCGCCGCUUGGCGGGGCUCCUGCUGGGCCACCCGCAGCCCGCCCUGCCAGUCUGGUUCCGUUGCCUCCGGGCCCUCGUCUCCCUCAACCACCUGAUCGUCGAGCCGGACCUGGAGGGCCUGGUGGCCGCGGCCUGGGUGGCCGCCGAGGCCCGGGAGCCCCGCUCCCGCCGGGCCCAGGAGGCCCUGCUCGCCGCCCUCUUCCAGACCUACGCCAGGCUCCGCCAGGUCCCCCGCCUCCUGGCCGCGGUCCUGGCCGCGGUCUGCCGGCCCGGCGCCGGGCGGAGCCGUCCGGCCGCCCUGACCGCCGGCCUGGCUGCCGCGCUCUCCGCCUGCUUCCUGGAGCUCCCUCCGGGCCAGGUCCUGGACUCCUGGGCCCUGGCGCUGGACAGGGGCCAAGCCCUCCUGGCCCCCUCCGGGCAGGGGGACGCAGAUGCGGCCCUGAAACUCUGGUCCGUCAGCUCCCUGCUCCACACCGUGCUGUUCGCCGCGAGGACCCUGGACGGUACCACCCCCUUGCCGCUCGUCCGGCGCGCCCGGGGCCUCGUGGAGAGGAUGCUGAGCGCCAUCGUCCAGCCCGCGCUCGUCCUGCUGCUGGACCACCGCGGCCCCAGCCCGCCUCUCUGGCUCGAGAAGGUGGGCAACUCCGGCCUCCUCCUGGCCUACACCUGGGCCGAACUGGACGCCAUGUUCAGCCUGAACUGUGACCGGUACGUGUCCCCGGCCGGGGCCGGGGAAACCCUCCCGGCUCUGCUCCUGGGGGCCGACGCCCAGGGCUGGGACGCGGUGGCAGAGGCGCCGGGGGGCCCGGCCUCCGUGGGCCGCCACUGCCUGGAGCUGCUGGCCUUGCAGACGAUGAAGAGGAUCCUGGCGCCCGGCCACCUUCCGACAGAACGGGGCCUGCAGGCUCUGCGCGAUGCCGCGACCUUGAUCGUCUCGUCCGACCUUGGGGGGCCGGAGGCGGCCGCCGCCUGGGAUGGCCAGGCGGGGACGGUCACCGCGCUCACCUACCCGGCGGCCCACUGGCACCUGGUCGUGUCCAACCUCCCGCUGCUCCUCCCGUACCUGGCGGCCGACGACGUGGCGCGGCUGGCCGGGGAGCUGCUGAGGACCGGGGCCGGAGCCCCCUCCCCGUCGGACGGCCCCACCGGGUGGGAGCCGGACAUCACGGUGACAGGGGUGUCACGGGCGCUGCUGCGCGGCCCGUUGCUUCCGGAGAUGCAGCCCCUGCACGCCGCGUUCCUGGACCGCGUCCUCGAGAGCUGCGCCAGUGUGCUGAGCGCCGGCCGGCGGCCGGCCGGCGCUCCUCUCAGACGGAUGCUUCCCUGGCUCCUUGCACGCGGCCCGGCCCCCGGGGCCCGGAGGGAAAGCCAACCGGAAGGAGAUGAGCCAGGGGGACCGGGGCCCAGAGAGGAGGUUGCGGAGAGUUUGCUGGCGCUGGCGAGUGCCCCCGAGCCCCCCGUGGUCUUGGGGGAAGGCCAGCUUGACGCACUCUUGGCUACACUGGACGUGGUCUCCGCUCUGGACCUGGACGGCCUUCCCCCGCCCUUCCUUGUGCGCACAUACCUCUUGGCACUGACGCUGGUGGCUGGCACCAGAGGCACCAGCCCGCUCCCCGCCGCCCGUGCCCUCCGCUACCUGGACACGUGCUUCCGGCUCCUGAGCCGCCUGCAGGGUGUCGAGGAGGCCCACGCCGUCUUCAGGGUCGUCUUCGCCAGCGAAGUGUUCCAGGUGGUCGUCACGGCCCUGUGGGCCUCCCGGGGUAGGUUUCCGGCAGCAGCGGAGGCGCCAGCGUGGACGGGCCUGCUCCGGGCCGCCGCCACCCUGCUGGAGCGUCUACUCCGGACAACCGUCCGGCUGAAGCUCAGCCCGGUGCUCAACUGCCGUAAGAUCGUGUCGUUCCUCUCGGCCUGCGGUCCCUACACCGAGGCCGUCGCCGGUCGGUGUCCGCGGGACCCGGACGGCCCGGCUCGCCAGGUCCUGCUGGUGGCGGUGAUGACCCUCUGCCGGGAGCUGAGCCCCCUUGUCCACCAGCGGCAGGGGCAGACCCCCGCCAGGGCCCUGCCGGACCUGUGGCUGCGUGUGCUGAGCCUCGCGGGAGCGGUCGUCCGGGCCGCGUGGACCGACCGGCCACGGGACAGGCCGCUCCCUCCGGUCCUCCUCUCCGCCGUCGCUGCGCUCCUGGAGGCCGAGACAAGCGGGGAGACGGAGGACCGGGCCCGGGCGCUCGCUCACGCCGACUUGUACCGGGACGCGUUCGCCCACGUGCGGACGGAGCUGCCCGCUCUCGCCGGAGAUGCCGAGUCCCUCCGACCUGCCCUGCGGCUCCUGACGCUCUUCUGCGCGGAGCCGGCCCUGCACCCCGGGGAGGGCUCCGUCUUCACCGCCGUGUUCCGGGCCGUGACCGGCAUCCUCGCAGAUGGCGGAGCCCGGGACCAGGCGAUCCAGAAUGCCGGACCUCAACUUGGGGAGCUGCUCGCCGGCCUGCUGGACGGCGGCACCGCCGCCGACUUCCAGCUGGUGAUGGAGCACGCCCUGCGGGGCCUGGACAUCCGCCACCUGUGGACGCGUAACCUGAACGAGGUUCUGGGAGCUCUUGCCCUGUUGAAGUUGUUGCUGAGCUGUCGGCUCACUGGCGAGAAGGCGACUUCCUUCUGGCUCGCCUGUCCCCAGAUCAUCGGAGCUCUGGCGCAUCAGAACCGCGAAGCCUGUCGGGACCCCUCCCUGCUCACACCCGUGGUCCUGCCUGUUCUGGAGGUGCUGGCCGACCUGCUCCGGCGAGGAGAAGGGCUCGUCGGCAACCCGCACCACGUCACCUUGGCGUUCGCCGUCCUCCUGGCCGUCCCCCUGGAUCACCUACCGGCAGAGGAGUACGGGCCAAUCUUCCUGGGGAUUCACGAAGUCCUCUUCGCCAUCCUUCAGUGCCACCCCAAGGUGAUGAUGAAAGCCAUCCCAUCGUUCCUCAACUGCUUCAACAGGCUGCUGUUCUCUGUGAUGCAUGAGGGGAGACAGAAGGAUAAAGGGAAUACGGAAGACCAGGCCGGCGUAUUGGAGUGUGCGCGGCUGGUGGAGAGGAUGUACAGCCACAUCGCGGCCAAAGCCGAGGAGUUCACCGUGUUCUCCCCCUUUAUGGUGGCGCAGUACUUGAGCGGCCUGCAAAAGGCGACCUUGCGCCCGGCUGUGAAGGAGCUCUUGAAGGAGGGCAUAUACCUCAUCCUGGACAUCUGCCUGGAGCGGGACAUCCAGUUCCUGAGGGUCUCGCUCCCCGCCGGCAUUCGAGACGCCUUCAAAGAGCUCCACCACGACUACACUGUCUACCACAAGACCAAGAGCGAGGGGGAGAAAAAGUACACGGCCUGAGGCGGCCAGGACCCCGCCGCCAAACCGCCCCCUCCUCCGGGGCCCGCCCAGGCCGGCUCCCCCGUCGUCGGCAGGGGCGGCCGGUGGGGUCCCUCGGACUGGUUAUUCACGGAAAACCCUUGUAGGGUCAGAACCAUUCCUGUCGCUGUGCCGACAACUGCUCUUUUAUUUGGAGAUAGAGAUUCGGGCAUGGGUGUGUGUGUGUGUGUGUGUGUU